AUGACAAAACUAAUCCCUAUCUACUGUUUCCUAAUCUCGCAUGAAGACCGCCACAUCAUCUUCGACCUUGGCAUCCGCACCGACUGGGAGAAAGCAGCUACGGUCGUGAGUGACUGCACGCGCGACCUAGUUGACAUCUUGCAUGACCCCGUGGACCAUCACAGUGCACUAGGCAUUCGUUCCUCCGACAUUGAAGCCAUCAUCUGGUCACACCCUCACUUCGAUCAUACGGGUGACCAGUCGCAAUUCCCGCAUACAACCGAGCUCGUUGUCAGACCGGGUGUCAAAGGUAGCUCAUGGCCUGGUUACCCAUCCAACCCGGACGGUCUUGUGCUGGACAGCGACGCGGCUGGUCGCUCUGUCCACGAGAUCCACUUUGACCACGACAACCCCUUGCGCGUCGGCCCCUUCAACGCCGUCGACUGCUUCGGUGACGGCUUCCUCUUUCUCCUCGAUGCUCCGGUCACGCUAUGGGCCACUUGUGUGGCCUCGCUCGCACAACCGCUAACCCACCCACCUUUGUCUUCAUGGGCGCGCGUUGAUGCCUGCCACCAUGCGGGUGUGCUAAGGCCAUCGCCACAUUUGCCGCUGCCGCGGCCCCAAGCAGAGGCAGAGGGGAACUGCCAUGAUUCCCGACUUCAAGUAGACAACUAUGGAAGCUGUCUAGGGGAUCUGUUGGAGUAA